CCUGAGUCUGCACAACUCUGCCAGGACCUAGGAUCAAGAGAGACGGUCAAGUGUUUUUGUACUUCAGUCGUUCCAAGACUGAAGACAUCCUCUAAUAAACCGAAAUAUGUAACGUUAGUGACAGUAAACAAAUUAUACUAUAAUGACAGAAACAAUCCCAGCCUGAACUCAGGAGUAAAACUCUUGAACCUCUGAACCAUAUCUUUUAAAACUAUUCGGGAGAUCAUUUUGAUGCCCAGUACAUAUUUUUCAAACUAGUACUUGGAUUAUCAAUCAAUUUUUUCUCCAAUAUUACGGAACGCCAGAGGGUAGAUAACUAGCUAGCAAGAGAUUCCCACUAGAUAACACAGCCACAAAGUAGUAAUUGGCUAUAUCGUAAAAAUGUAUGAAAACCAAAAUACGCGUUUUGGUCUUAAUUUAAGGUUGGGCCAUUACAUCAGCAGUGUGGUUAGGUUUAAAAUCCGUUUAUAAGAAGAUGAAUUGUAGAAAUAUGCGGGCAAGCUUGCUAGCCCCAAAAUGUGUACAACUUCAAAGUUGCUCAACUGUUGCACAGGGGAUCAACUACUGCAUUUGAAGACACUGCCACCUGCUGACAUGUGCCUCAAAUGUGAUUAUCAAAGAGUCCUCAACAGCCAUUUGAGUUAGAUAGCUACAUAGAUUUGAUUUGACAGUUAUAAAUUACACCCAGGGGGAAGAUACCACCAGUCCGGUCCCUUACACGCCUUUCUUGUGACGUAUUAUGCGCGGCCAUAAAACGGUGACCUAUUGUGACGUAACCAAGCAUCAAUUCGCUACAUGAACUGUGUUCAUCUUUGAUAUCAACAGUACAAUCUCUUUCUUCAAUCAGCUUGUUUCAGCUAAUCUUUUGCCGCAUAGUCUGCCCUAGCUGACGCUGUGCAGAGAAUACUACGAUUGGAAACGGUUGGUUAGACCCGUUCGCACUGCACAAGGUGAUUUGGAGUUUAGAAUGUCUGGUAGGCUCUUACAUUCUUUGGGGAGGUCCCAAAUGGCACCCUGUAGUGUAGUACUUUUGACCUGUGCCCAGUGGGCUCAGAUCAAAAUAUGUGCACAAGUCAAAGUAAGUGCGCUAUAUAGGGAAUGGUCUGUGUGUGUGUGUGUGUUAGGAUAUGUUUUGUGCCAAUCAAUUGAUGAAAAUGUAUCCCUCAGAAAACAAGAUGGAUCGUAGUGAUGAGAGAAUCAGAAGAGCUUUAAGGCGCCGCCCUUAUGUGUUGAAUCCAGUGAGGGUGAACUCCCCUGAUUCUGUGAUGUGGCCAACCGGUAAGGUGCACAGAAGACCAAGGCCUUCUGGAAGGGUGACUCGGCUGAUGGAGAGAAAUUAUGAUGGGGUGAUCUCAUCCUCCAACUCUGAUGACAUCUCUAUCUACUCCUUCACUGACUGUGAAUCUGAGAGCCCAGGGAAAGUCUCUGGUCCUGUGUCUGGCCUCUCUCCUCUUGUGACCUCAGCACCCCGGACCCUGGCUGAAGCCCUACAAGCCCUGCCCUCUGCUGUGGCCCGUCCCUCCCAAAAGGAUGUCCCAAAGCCUCCGACACCUCCAAGCCCUGUCUCUGUCAUUGUUGCUUCGCCUGCUGUGGAGUACUUACCAUACCACCGCAGCCCUCGCCUGGCCCCAAUCACCAACCUGAGUGAGAACGGCAGGAAGCUGCUCCAGAAAAUGUCAGGAGUGACGCCACAGGAAAGGAAGGUCAAAAGGAAAAAGACCAAGGGAAAAAAGCAAGUGAAGAAAGAGAAGGCCAGUAAGAUGCAGCAGGUGGAAAAUGUUGGAGAAACUAAGGAGGACAAGAAAGAUGAAAAGAAGAGUCUGAGGAAGAGGUUUCUCCAGUGGCUGCUGCCCAAACUGAGAUGUUCGAAGAAUUAAUGGCCAACUACUACAACACACACACACACACACAAACGCAGAG